AUGGGGCAUUCCAAAAGAGUAAAUCUUAACAGUGGCGUCACUAGGAGGGUGCGGGGGGUGCAGACCGCACCGGGUGACCCUCACAAGGGAGGUGGAGUUCAUACAACAAAACGGCUAAGCGGAUGUCAACAAAGAAAAGCCAAAAUAAAGAAAUUGCGCGGAUCUAUGCUGCAAUAUGUAAAGGGAUCAGAUGAGGCCCAGAGUUUUUCCAAAGACACAGUUCCUCAACCGCAAAUUGAUGAGACUAAUUUAUCUGAUGCUGAGAUAGAGCUUUUAUUAGAAAUACCAAGACUGAGAAGACAUCUGAAGGCAGCAGAGAUUGAUCUUGAAGAAGCCAAAAACUGGUCACGUGAAUGCUCUAUGUCUAUGGGGUGUCAUAAGAGGGGUGACACCAUGAGUUACCGCACCGGGUGA